AUGAAUAAUUCUACUUAUGAGAAUAAUCGUACCAUCGAUAUGGGCUCAGUCAUAUACUAUUAUACAAGUAUAGCUCUUGUUCCUCUUUUUGCUUUCGCAUUUAUAUUAAAUGUCUUCUUACUCUAUGUUCUACUUCAAGAAAAGGUCUUUCAAAGUAUCACCUAUAAAUUAAUUCGCAUUUCAGUUAUAUCGGAUACGAUGUCCAGUCUAACAGCUGUUAUUGGUUAUUCUCUUGUAGCGCAAGAUUUCUCUUAUCAAUCAGGUAAAUUAUUAUGCCAAAUCAUUUUUAAUCUCGCAUUUACUUUUAAUGGAAUCUCCAUGAAUAAUUUAUGUUUAAUCGCUAUGGAUCGUUAUUUUGCAAUUGUUAAACCGCUAUCUCGUUUCCAUCGACGAUACCGUCGUCGAAUCUUCUUUAUCGAACAAAUCGCAUCAUGGUUAUUAUCUAUAUUCUACAAUUUAUUUCUUGUACCUUAUAUUGGCGGAACCCCAGAAGAUCCAACACUUUGUGAUGUACCUGAAAUCGAUCGUUACAUUGCAAUUCCUAUCAUUAUUAUCAUGUUUUGCAUUAUGCAAUAUAUUCUACCAUGCUCAUUGAUAGCUAAUAUUUAUUGGCGAAUAAUCUAUCAUCAAAAGCAUUAUGUACGACCAGGACAAAAUUCAAGACAACCGCAAGAGCGAGAAUUGAAGAAAAAAAAAUUUAUUAAAAUACUAAUUACUAUUACACUUUGGUAUGUUUUAACAACUUGGCCAUUUUUCGCUGGUAUUACUGGUAUGGCAGUAACUCGUCAAUCAGUUCUCGCUAUACGUAAAAGAAAUCUGGCUGAAUUUCUAUUCCUAUUUUACUCAUUAGGGACGAGUAUUGGUAUUACUCUUAUUAAUCCAUUCAUAUAUCUUAAAUUCGACUCAAAUAUAAGAACUAAGUUUUUCGAUGUAUUACUAAGAAAGAAUAAACAAGGCAAUUAA